CUAGGGUUUUACGCUUGAAGAAGUACGAGGGGGCAAUGGCGGAAGAGAAGGAACAACGAGGCUUAUGUCCAUUAAAGGAGGAGGAGGAGGACGAUAAAGGGCAUAGAGAGAAGGGAGAGGGCCUGACGCCAUGGGAGCAGCACUCGGCGGUGAUCAGCCUCCCCCGCUACGACUACGCGGCCCCCUCUGCGCUUCUCGAGAGCUCCCAUUCCGGGUUUCUCAUCACCUGCCCCAUCAAACGUGAGAAAAGUGCAACAAAGGAAGCUAUCUCCCUUCUUGAAGAGUAUGUCGGCUGUACAUGUAGCAGAGACUGUGAAAGGUUAGAGCCCUGUGACACAAAUGUUCCUGCAAAGAAGAGGAAAAUAUGUUCUUCAGAAAUAGGUCCAAGAAAUGUUGAAAACGCUGAGAGAAAUGGGGAUAUCAAUGUAUUGGAAGUUUCUGGUAAACUGGAAGAAGAGGCCAGGUUAGGAUCUUCAGAGACAACUGAGAAUGUAAAAAGGAGGCCUGAUCUGUCUCUGGUUAAGCUAACAAGGAGCGGGUUACUUCUGUUUACUUUUCCUAGUAAUAACUUCCAUCAUGUUGUUGAUAUAUUGUCAGAUAUGUUUCUCUCUUUGGGAUCUGGAAAGCUAAAGCUGCCUCUCUGGUGCCAUCGUAUAUUUCCUAUUCAAGAAACUUGCCUUCUGACAGAGAAGAACGUUAUAGUAGUUGUUUCAAAGCUUGUCCAAGAAUAUUUGGGCAAUGAACAAGAUAGACUUGAUGGACCUAUCAAGUUUGCAGUUGGAUAUAACAGAAGGGGCAUUGGUGAGACAGAGAUGAAGAUUCAGAAAGGCACUGUGGAAGACUCGGAGGGGUUGACUUUGUUGGAUCGAGACACAUGUUUCAAGGUUGUGGCUGGAGCAGUCAAAGCUGUUGCUAAAAAUGCAGUUGUGGAUCUUAAAUCUCCUGAGGUAGCCGUGCUUGUAGAGUUAUUACCACUUUCAGGGGUACCGCAUGGAAUGCUAGUGGUCGGAGUAUCUGUUCUUCCAGUAGAACUCGUGACUACAAAGCCACGGCUGUGUGUCAAGUCUCUGGUUGCUGAUACAAAAGUGGCGAAAAAAAAGGAGCUAAGUGGGUGAGAGAUCUUUGCAGCUCUUUGUGCUAAUAUUCUCCUUCUGUGCCAGUGAAUAACUUAAACCUGCUGUCAGAUUCAGAGCAGAGAGCAAAGAAGGCAAAAUAAUGAUGAUUAUUCUCAACAUUUCGUUCCAAUUUAGGGAUCAAAAAGAAAUAUUUCAUUUGCGCUUGACACCAGGUAAAUGUUGAUCUUGUCGCUGUUCAGGACUUGUGCAUCUUUGUCAUUGGCAUUUUGGAUAUGAUGGUUUAACUUUACAGAUGUUUGAUAAUUGAGAAAGUAAAGCUCAUUUUUGAACUUUGUGAUGCCUUUUGAACUCAUUUACGGCACCAAUUUUUUUUUUUUUAACAUAAAUUAGCAAAAGGGUGAGCAAUGAUUGUACUCAAAGCUGAAAAUGUUUGUCUGUGAAAGUUGGUGCUUCGGUAUGAUUGGAAUUGCCUCUACGGUUUCUAUGAUGCGGCCUUAGAAAAUGUUGAGAGCUGAUAGGUUCUCUCUUCCCUCCUGCACGUGCGUGUACGUGGCCUUACUUUCUUCAGUGACAUGAAACACUGCUGGUGUUGCUCUCAACUUGUUUUGAGGAUGACAAAAGCUUGAGGCCUGUCUUUCCAAAUGAAAUAGUAAUAUGGUACACUUCUCGGUCCUCCAUAUCUGUGGCCACAAGAAUUUGUUGACUUGUAUCUAAAGCAUCAUUUUCCAUUAUGACCAUCAUGUUUCCACGGCUGUUUGGAACUCCCGGAACAAUAUUUGUUUAAUUAAAUGCUUAUUUGCUUCUUUAA